UUUGUUUAUGCGCAGAAACAGGCGAAAGCGUAAUGGCGGCCGACAGUCUGUGACGAGCUAACGAAAAUAGCAAAAAUUAUUGCUAUCACUCCCGUAUAUUUCUCUAUAGGAUAGAGAGAGAAACAAGUUCCAACCCCUUAGAUACAUUGCACGUCGCCAAAAUGCAGAUAACGUUGAAAACCCUCCAGCAACAAACGUUUAAAAUCGACAUUGACGGAGAAGAGACGGUGAAAACCUUGAAAGAGAAGAUUGAGAAUGAGAAAGGGAAGGACGGUUUUCCAGUGGCAGGACAGAAGUUGAUAUAUGCAGGCAAGAUCUUAAAUGAUGACACAGCUCUCAAGGAGUACAAGAUCGACGAGAAGAAUUUUGUGGUUGUCAUGGUGGCCAAGCCUAAAGCGGCCCCAGCAGCUGCCCAGCCCGUCGCUGCCUCCUCCUCCAGCACAACAACUUCUACUACCCCCUCGGCGGGCCCGGACAGCACUCCGGAGGGGGCCCCCAAGGAGGACAAGCCAGGCGAGGAAGCCCCUGCCACCACUGCCCCCGCCAGCACACCCACCAGCUCCUCUGGUCUCUUGACAAACGUGAACAUAUUCGAAGAGGCCACAUCUGCUCUGGUGACAGGCCAGUCCUAUGAGAACAUGGUGACUGAGAUGAUGCUGAUGGGCUAUGAGAGAGAGCAGGUGGUGGCGGCCCUCAGGGCCAGCUUCAACAACCCAGACAGAGCUGUGGAGUACCUGCUCACGGGGAUCCCCGCGGAGGGUGAGGGCCACGCAGGGCCAGAGCCAGUGGCAGUGCCUGGGGGAGGGACUGCAGCGUUGUCUGCCGGAAGCAUCACCUCCCCCUCCAGUACAGCCCCCAGCACAGGAGGCAACCCCCUGGAGUUCCUGAGCGACCAGCCGCAGUUCCUGAUCAUGAGGCAGCUCAUCCAGCAGAACCCCAGCCUGCUGCCUGCCCUACUGCAGCAGAUAGGCAGGGAGAACCCUCAGCUGCUCCAGCAAAUCAGUCGGCACCAGGAGCGUUUCAUCCAGAUGCUUAAUGAGCCUACCCCAGAGGCGGGAGGCCAGGGAGGAGGUGGAGGAGGGGGUGGCGGCGGUGGAGGAGGAGGAGUUGUUGUUGGUGGUGGUGGUGGAGGAGGAGUCUCUGAGGCUGGAGGAGGCAACCCCAUGAACUACAUCCAGGUCACACCCCAGGAGAAGGAGGCCAUUGAGAGGCUAAAAGCCUUGGGGUUCCCAGAAGGACUUGUUAUACAAGCCUACUUCGCCUGUGAGAAGAAUGAAAACUUGGCCGCAAACUUCCUUUUACAACAGAACUUUGAUGACGAUUAAGAAGGGAGCUGCCGUAGUCCUUUUUCUUUCUUUUUUUUUCGUAUUAUUUUUUCUUCAAUUCGUCACAGUGGAUUUAAACAUAAAAACACAAGCCUUGUUUCCUAAAUCUGACUACCAAUACAAAUCUUCUCUGGUGACACUGGAUGAGCUUGGUCAUAUAGGGGGAGUGGGUGGGGGGUGGGGUAAAGAUGACUUUGUUCAUCAGACACAACUUGUGUCCAACCUGUUUUUUUGUUUGUUUUUUUUCUCUCUUUUUUUAUUCAGCUGAGACCAACGUGAUUAUUUUUUGACCAUUAGGAAGAGGAAAUUGGUUUAAAUGGUUGAUCGCAGACCAGGGCUAUCCCAUUGUAGAAAGCAGGGGCCAGGACAGGGAUGGGGUUGUGAUUGGGCAGUUUGUUUAUGAUGUCAUCAUUCAUACAUCAAUGUAAUUGUUGCAUUGAGUGUGUCUUCUGUCUCAGCUGACUACCAUAGGGUUCCCAGGACAUGCAGAAAUACAGUUUUAAAAGACAGUAAAGAGUUUUAAACAAGCAA